CGGCAGCUCCAUCUGCAUGCAGAGACGAAACCUGCAGCAAACGCGCACUCACCCAUCAUUCAAUUCCACCGAACGCAGCAGUGAAUGCAACGCUCAUCAGCGCGCUGACAGGCUGCGCUCUCCUUUGCUUUUCAAUCGUCCUGCAAGAACAGAUUUCGCAUUUGCUCUGGUCGUUGAUUCAGCGCCAGUAGGCUACUUUUGGAUACAUCAGUUUCUCAAAACGAUCUACAAAUGAUUUACACAAUUGUAAUUGCUAUCUGGGGUAUUUAAAAAAAAUAUAUAUAUAUACUGUAGCCUAUUGCCUCUUUGACAUAUUACACAUAACUGUUAGAUAUGUGGUGAUGACCGUCACCGCUUUGGUGCACAAGAUACCACUGUGCGUAAUGGGAGGACAGGUGUAUCAUACUUUAAGUGGAAGCCACGGGGCAGAAUGCUGCCUUCCCAUGGACUUUCACUGAUUCCCAGAAGUGGAAGUCGGAAUACUCUUGGCUGAAAUAACACCUUGUCAAAAUGGAGCUAAUGUGGCGUACAAUUUUCACAAUAAAAGGUGGGAUGUGAGAUUAGUGUCUUCAACCCUGAAACAGAGCCAACCCAGCCCUCCUCUGUCAGCAUGGAUCCCUGGCCUCUCCUUCCGUCGCCCCCCAACCUCUCCCUCCCCGAACCCCUGUACUACGACAGCUACUUCCCAGGGAACGAGUCUGACCUGGGGUCCCGGAAUGACACUCCGGAUGAGACCCACCAGGCCUUCGACAAGACCAGCUCCGUAGUCAUUACCUUCAUCUACUUCACGGUGUGCGCCGUGGGGCUGACUGGCAACACCUUGGUGAUCUAUGUUAUCCUGCGCUACGCCAAGAUGAAGACGGUGACUAAUAUCUAUAUCCUGAACCUGGCCGUGGCCGACGUCCUCUGUAUGCUGAGUCUACCUUUCAUCGCCGUGCAGCUGGCCCUGGUCCACUGGCCCUUCGGCUCCGUGCUCUGCCGCCUGGUCAUGACUGUGGACUCCCUCAACCAGUUCACCUCCAUCUUCUGCCUCACGGUCAUGAGCGUCGACCGCUACCUGGCCGUGGUCCACCCCAUAAAGUCCACCAAGUGGCGGAAGCCACGCGUGGCUAAGAUCAUCAACCUGACCAUGUGGGGAGUGUCCCUGCUGGUCAACCUGCCAAUCAUGAUCUUCAGCGGUCUGAUGCCCAAUAAUAACCAGGCUUGGGCGUGUACCAUUGUGUGGCCAGAGCCUCAGGGGGCCUAUCAGACGGCCUUCAUGUUCUACACCUUCCUCCUAGGUUUCUUCCUGCCGCUCAUCGUCAUCUGCCUCUGUUACCUGCUCAUCAUCAUCAAGGUGAAGUCGUCAGGCAUGCGCGUGGGCUCCACUAAGCGUAAGCGUUCGGAGAGGAAGGUGACCAGGAUGGUGUCCAUCGUAGUGGCCAUGUUCGUGCUCUGCUGGCUGCCCUUCUACGUGUUCAACGUCACCUCGGUGACGGGGACCAUCGACACCACGCCUGUCCUCAAGAGCACCUUUGAGUUUGUGGUGGUGCUGGGCUACGCCAACAGCUGUGCCAACCCCAUCCUGUACGCCUUCCUGUCAGACAACUUCAAGAAGAGCUUUCAGAAUGUUCUGUGCUUGAAGAAAGUGGCGGGCCUGGAUGAGGCAGAGCGCAGCGACAGCCGCAUGGAGCGAACGCGCAUGGUCAACGACGUCACCGCGGAAAUGCACAACGCCGCGCUGCUCAAUGGCGAGCUGCAGACCAGUAUCUGAGUGUGUGUGUGUGUGUGUGUGUGUGUGUGUGUGUGUGUGUGUGGGCUACUUGUGUGUCUCCUUGAGCAGAUGGACAAGUGUGGAACAGUUAGAAGGACUACUCAUAUUAAAGGCACUCUUCUAUAAUCUCCUGUACAGCGGCCCAAACACCAGGGAGGUCCAGACUUUGCCAAACCCCCCUCCCCGGGUGUAUCUUUUGGUUUUUGCCCCCAGGACUACACAGCUGACUCAAAUAACCAACUCAUCUUUAAUUAUUUGAAUCAGCUGUGUGGUGCUAGGGAAAAAAAAACAGAGCGUGCACCCAGGCGGGACCCCGGAACCGAGAUUGGGAAAACCUGCAUUAGAACACAUCUGCCAAGAUCCGUCUCAGAAAAACAAAGACAGAGAUGGAAUGGAAGGAGAUGAAAAAGAGGUCUCUCAUGUUUCAUUGGCAUGGAUUGAUACGUACUGUCUUGAUCAGGAUAUGAGAAAGCACACUUUUGAUAACGCAUCUUAUUUAUUGAUCAGGAAAGAUGAUACUCACCAAGCCAGAUGUCCUCUGACUGAAGCUGGAGACUUUUGAGUUUUGCAUCCAGGAUCAUUGAUCAUUGAUUCUCCGACUUCAAACGAUCUUGAUGCUGUACAUAGACAUGGUUUUCUGUGAUGUGUUUUUGAUCUCCUUGUAAACCCCAGUUUAGCAUAGAUCACACCCCAUGUUAACUUCCCCUUGUUACUACCAUUCGUCUGUCGGCAGUUAUCAAGAUCAAUACUCUGAUUUAUAGUUGGCUCAAACUUUAGAUGCUAGCACGGGCGAACACACACACACACACACACACACACACACACACACACACACACACUCACGGUCUCUGAGAUGGGCUGUUCGUAUACUGUGUACAGUUUAUAAUCUGGUAUGACAUUUUCUCUUCUGCUGUCAGCACUAGUUGGCUUAAAGGUGAUAUGCUCCUAGCAUAACCAAGCUGUCGUGGUGCCAAUCUUGUUGCUACUCAACAGGAGGAGUUGUGUUUCAGCAUCAGUUCUAUGCUGUCAGAGUGACGCUGAUGAUUUCUGAAUGGACAGUAUUGCAUCACUGAGGGAGCCACAGCUGCAGUGUUUUGGUUGGUAGAGAGAUGGGUGCAUUUCACCACCACAGUCCAAGGGCAAUGUUGUUAUCUCUCUAAAUGUGUACAGAUGGAGAAUCCAUGGUUCUGUGUGUGUCUGUGUACUUGCCUGCCUUCCUCUGCGUGUGUGUGUGUGUGUUUUUCCCUGGAAGGCCUCACCAUGUUAGGGUGUGUGUGCGUCACUAUUUUCACAGCCCAUUAAAGGAAAGAUUCACCCAUUUUGAAUGUUAUAUUGUUUUGAUGCAUCUCUGAGCGAUGUUCUAUCAAUUCCCGGGGACAUUACAUGUUUUCAUGUGUUUCUGAGCUAUUGCCGUUGAAGCAGGCAGAAAUCCACCCGGUAUGACGUAGCACUGCGAUAAAGCCGUUCUUGCUACAAGUUAAUAGGAAUACGACUUUUAGAUGGUGAAAACGUCUAUCAUACUUGUCAGAUUUCAAUACUGACCGAUGCCAUAACACAGGAGGUCGUCUUCUAUCUAAUGAGCCAUUGAUCAUAUUUUUGCGAUAUUCCUACCUCGAGAAAUGUUUAAUUUAACAGAGGGUCCACCACAUUUCUCCUAUUUGUCUGUCUCUUCAUUCCAGGGUGCAUUGCAUGAUGCCGUUGCAUGGCCAUUGAGAAUGUCAGACUCCACUCUGUGAGGCACAUCGAUCUGCAGGUUGAACAUGGUAAUAUAGUGAGAAAAAAAAUGUUUGGGGGGGGAUUUUACAGCUAACUAGCUACUUUACAUGCUGAUAUUGACUUUGGUAUUACUGUGUGUAGCUACAUUUGCUAGCUAGCAGCCUACCAAGCUAGCCAGCCAGCCCACCAAGCUAGCCAGCCAGCCCACCAAGCUAGCCAGCCAGCCUACCAAGCUAGCCAGCAGCCUACCAAGCUAGCCAGCCAGCCCACCAAGCUAGCCAGCCAGCCCACCAAGCUAGCCAGCCAGCCCAUAGAGAGAGCAUUGCAUUGUGUGUGUUGUAGUUGACUUGAGCUGCAACAGAUUUCCACAACGAUUUCCACAUGUUGCUACCAACCUCAACGACAAAAUGAAACAUUUGUUCACAAAAAAAUUGUCUUCAUGUAUUAGUGUUAUUUAACACAGUAAAUUAUAGGAAUUAAUGAUUCUCUUUAACAUAGUGACAUCAGGCAUUGUAAUUAGCAUCAUUAUGCCAGAGGCAGUUGAACUCUCUCGCUCUCUGUACAGUAGAUUAGGUAGACCGUACAUAGAUUUAACCCAAGAGGACGAGGGCGUAGGAUAAAGACAUAUAGAAUAAGGAGGAUGGAACCUCAGCCUUCUCUCAAUGUGUCGUUCAUUUGUGAAGGGCUAGAAGCUGCUAUCACUACCUUGUUCCUGCACACAAACACACAGAUACAGACUGACACAGACAAAGUUCCAGACACCUUGAGGAGAACAGGUGGUGUUUGUAUGGAGGAACUAUCUACACUCUGCCUCACCCGAAAUGUACUUACAGGAGAGCAAAGAUGGCAGAUAUUAGAUAUAAUAAGGUCAUACAUUCUUCUACAGUAAGCACCUAUUGUCCUCUGUGUGUGAGCAAUGUCUCUAAGUCGCUUGUUUUCCUUCAGUUUGCAAACCGUAUGCACGGUGUAAAAUAUUGUAAAUGACAUGUCAUAAUUAGUUUGUUACAUGUGAGUUCUCAGAUGGAUGAUAUUUUAUACUGGUGUUUCAUAAUACAGGGCAGUGUGUGUGUGUGUGUGUGUGUGUGUGUGUGUGUGUGUGUGUGUGUGUGUGUAUUGGUUGGCUCUUCUAUCCUUGUGGGGACCUAAAAUCCCCCAAAGUACGACAAGGAUAGUAAAACAAGGAAAAUGUUCCCUCGUGGGGACAUUUCCCACAUCCCCAUGAGGACAAAGGCCCUUAGAGGUUAGGAUUACAAUUAGGGUUAGAAUAAGGAUUUGGGUUAGGUUUUAGGGAAAAUAGGAUUUUGAAUGGAAAUACAUUUUAGGUCCCCACGAGGAUAGAACAAAAUGUGUGUGUGUUGAGUCCAAUCUCGAUUGGCAGGGAGUCAGGGGACUGCCGCUUGAUGUCACUCAUCAUUUGUGUCGUCAUGACUCACUGCGGUAUGUAUUGAACACUGAGUCAAUGUGCACACAUCUAUCUAUCGAGCCCAUUCAUUACGGCGUAUCAGCUGUGGCAGUGUUCCAAUAAAAUCUACUUCAUUAGUGAAUAAAUGAACGCUCCUGAACCUUAAAGGAAACAUGAUCAUAUAGAUGGUCAUCUGGAGAGAUGGCAUAAGUACAGAACACUGUGUGUGUGUAAUGAUUGCUAACUAAACAAACGACCCACAGAGAGCGAGAGGAAGGGGUCGAACACGGUCGUACACUGUCCUCAAACGCAGUCUUUUCCGUCGGAGUAAAAGCAGAGGUCAGCCCACACCAUCCCUUUCAUCAUGUCAAGGGUCUGUCUCUCAGGUUCGAGCGUCACAAGUGGUUCACCUCGAAAUGACUCAGGGACCGUACACUACUGACUGGCAGUCAAAGGAAGGAGCAGUUCUCAUAAUCAGAUAGUUUUUCUCAAUAUCAGCUCCUCUUCUUGCUCUACAAGGUGAAAUACAGAAACCUGAUCCCAGAUCUGCUUGUGCUCUUGCCAACUCCAUUGCUGUCAUUGUUUGGCCUGACAAACAUGUUUGGCCUGACAAUGAGUUUUCAUGAUAGCACAAACAGACUGGGAAACGCAGUUGAUGCAAGAUACUCGAGUACAUGCAGUAUCCUCACUGAAAGAGGAGAGUGAGUGUGGAGUGGCUCGCACAUCGUUUAAUUUUAGCUGCAGGUGAUGGGCAGGACUCGCAGGAGGUAUGUUUGUAAAUUAAUUUUGAUCAAGCUAUGUAGCCUAUUGAUUCCUUCUUGAUGAAUAAAUAAAAUAAAUGUUUUGUUGUUUCUCUGUAAUGCUAGCCCUCUUGAGGUUUUAUGAGGUUGGCUUUAGGGAACCUAUCUCCCAAACUCAUAACUACCCACUGGGCACACACUGGUUGAAGCAUCAUUGUUUCUAAGUCAUUUCAAUGAAAUUACGUUGAACCAACAUGGAAUAAAAGUUUAAUUGACGACUGUGCCCAGUGGGUAGCUACCAAGCUAUUGAGACUAGCAACAGUAGUGUACAGUAACUAAGUAACGAUACUUUGAAGUACUACUUAAGUAAUUUUUGGAGGUAUCUGUACUUUACUAUUUACUUUACUUUUACUCCACUACAUUCUUAAAAGAAAAUAUGUACUUUUUACUGCAUACGUUUUCCCUGACACCCAAAAGUACUCGUUACAUUUUGAGUGCUUAGCAGGACAGGAAAAUGAUCCAAUUCAUACACUUAUCAAGAGCACAUUCCUGGUCAUCCCUACUGCCUCUGAUCUGGCAGACUUACCAAACACAAAUGCUUCUUUUGUAAAUUAUGUCAGUGUUGGAGUGUACCCCUGGUUAUCCGUAAAUAAAUAAAAUAUAUAAGUCUCUGUAUAAAUUUGCUUAAUAUAAGGAUUUGAAGUAUUUACUUUUGAUACUUAAGUAUAUUUUAGCAAUUAUAUUUACUUUUGAUACUUAAGUAAAAUUCAAAACAAAUAGACUUUUACUCAAGUAUUAUUUUACUGGGUGACCUUCACUUUUACUUGAGUCAUUUUCUAUUAAAAACGUAUCUUUACUUUUACUGAAGUAUAGCAAUUGGGUACUUUUUCCACCACAGUCUAUAAAUCAAGUUAGAUCAGCUUGUCUAACAUUCCUGCUGGCAAGGUUGCUAGACUUUAGAAAAGCAAGCAAUCACUAAAUGUACUGAAUAAGACUCACAUUCCUUUCAAUAUUUUACCCAGAUAUUAGCAGAGAUGAGGGGAAGCAUAUUUAGUAAAAUGAAGGAAAAAAAACACACCAGUUAGGAAGAUAAAGACAGCUUGACAUAGAUAUGCAGAAAAAAAUACUUGCUUUAAAUGUAAUCUGGCACCUUAUGAUAAUAUCAUGAUAUUUGUGUAUUAAUUAUGAAAUGAUAUGUGCCUGUAUUGAUUGUGUGUUAUCAUCCCAUGUACUGUGUUGUAAUUUGAAUGUAAUAUCCGAGGCAUGUUUGUGCAGUACGUUAAGAUGUGGGAUUGAAAACAGUCAGAAUGACACCCUCUGGAAUGUGUAGAAUAGAAUUAGGCAUAAUGAUUAUGGCUAUAGAUUGCAGGGGGGAAAAAAAAACUGUUUCGGGUGUUUGAAACCCCCUCUAUCCUCACAUACAUCGUGCCACCUCGAACACAAUGGCCGCCUGAUGCCACUGGUGUUCCAAUUGGUUUGAUAGAGAGUAUUCAAUGUUAUAUGAGGUAGUCUACUGGGGCUGGAAAGUUUUUACUGGAGUGGUAAUUUACCAGGUGUACAGUGUACAUAACACUGUAAUGUAUCUCCUCUGACACUGUGUUCUCUUGUAGAGAUAGAGGUAGCAGAAGAGACACCCUGUUAGCAAAUUAUUAGAACAAUGUUUAGAGGUUAUUUUACUCUCAAUGGCCAUAGAAAUGGGAGGGAUAUGUAUAUUCUAUAAAAUCGUUGAAAAACCAAAUGUGUUUUAUGGCUAAUACUGUAAUACAGCAAAUCUGGUUGGGAUAUCCCCACAAAUGUUGCUAAAUGUCUCCCUCAGCUGGUUAGUUUUGAAAUUGUGUAAUGUGAUUGCCCCAAGGAUGUUGGGCGGAUAUAGAGAUUCAAACUACUCUGCAAUGGUAGGCCACUAUGGAUACACUAUAUCUACAGACUGGUCCAUAAUUAUUGGCACCCUUGAUAAAGAUGAGCAAAAAAAGACUAUAAAAUAAACAAUAUAAAUAGCUAUGUGGUAUGCAAAAAAAAAAAUAAGGGAAUUAUUUUAAACCAAUACAACUGUUUAGAGAGAGAUUUGGUUUAACAAACAAAAUAGGGGUUAAAAUGAUUGACACCCCUGUUUUCAGUACUCCAGCACCCUCCCUUUACGAGGAAAAAGACACAGCCACAAUCCACAAAGAAACGGCUCAACAUUUUGCAAUGGCCAUCUCAGUCAACAGACAUGAACCCCAUUGAAAACCUGUGGUUUGAAUUGAAGAGGGCCGUCCAUAAGAGCAGAUGAAGGAUAUCAAGGAUCUGGAAAGAUUCUGUAUGGAGGAAUGGUAAAAAAAAAAUGUUGUUAUCUUUGCAAGGGGACAGUCUGGGUACUGAAAACAUGGGUGCCAAUAACUGACCCCUGUUUUUUUUGUAUUACUUGUUAAACUCAAUCAUUCGAUAAACAAUUGUAUAAAUUAGUAUAAAAUAAUACAAUAUCCAAUUUUUGUUGCAGACAAUAUAGCUCAGUGUUUUGUAUUAUUUAUUUUAUACUGUCUUAUUGGCACAUCUGUAUCUAGAGUUCCAAUAAUUAUGGACCUGGAUGUACAUACUCUGAUAGGAUUAAAAGAAGGCUCUUUGUCCAUACAGCUGCACAACCAAACAAACAGACAUUGUGAGAUCCUGAAUGGUUUUUGUAAAUAUGUCAUAUUGUUGCUUCUGCUACUGCUGUUACUACGACUACUACUUGCAAUUAAAAGCAGUUCCAUUUGAAAAUGGAUGGCUAUACUCAUUUGGUUUGACUAAUCGGUUAGCUUUUGAGAUGAGUGUGUUGACUUGUGUGGUCUUCCUUUCUCCUCCCAUUUGACUGAA